GUCAGCUUGUUUAUUCAGUCAUGAAAACAAAGAAGGUUUGUUUAUUUAGUUUGUUUAUGCAGAAGAAAAUCAGCCAAUGAGGAUCUUUCUCUGCUCAUUAACAUUUCUUCUAAUAAACUAGCGAACAAAAAUGGAUUUAGAGACUGACACACAGAAAACUGCAGUAAAAUAGUUAAAAAUGAUUUUUUUUAAAUUAAGGCAUAUAGAUGUUUUAUUUUGUUUACAUGUGGCUGACCCUGCCAUCUUUCCUCUGAGAACAGCUUGUUUAUCCACGUAGAUAAAAUAAAGAACUUGUUUCUUUAGUUUGUUUGUGCAUGAAACAAUCAGCCAAUGAGGAUCCUUCUCUUCUCACGAACAUUUCUUCUAAUAAACUUACAAACAAAACUGGUUUUAGAGAGUGACGCACAAAAAAUUAUUUAAAAGAAAAAGAAUAUAGAUGUUUUAUUUUGUUUAUAUGUGGCGGACCCUGCCACCUUUCCUCUGAGAACAGCUUGUCUAUUCACUUACUGAACAAAAAUAACUUGUUUCUUUAGUUUGUUUAAGCAUGAAACAAUCAGCCAAUGAGUAUCUUUCCCUGCCCACUAACAUGCUUCUAAUAAACUAACAAACAAAAUUGGAUUUGCACAGAAAAAUGCAAUAGAAUAGUUAGAAUAAUAAAAACAAUCGGGAAUAUAGAGGUUUUGUUUUGUUUACAUGUGGCGGACCCUGCCACCUUUCCUCUGACAACAGCUUGUCUAUUCACUUACUGAACAAAAAUAACUUGUUUCUUUAGUUUGUUUGUGCAUGAAACAAUCAGCCAAUGCAGACUUUGUCAUUUUCCCCCGAAAACUACAGAGGAGUGAGUCCUCCAUCUACACAAUACUCGUGUACUUGUACCUCAGCAGCAUCACCAGUGUGACACUGUGAUAGUUGUGUAGUAUUUGUACUUUGUGCUGUGAACUCUGGGAACAACAUCCACGCUGCUCGCUGCCUCUUUGUUCUCCUCCGCUCUCAGCAGGGAGACUCAGCUCUGCUCUCGGUGCAGCUGCAGCCAGGCGCCCUCUCUCUGCUGCUGCUGAUACAUCAGUCCGCGCAUGCGCAGUGGCUCCUCUGUGCGCUCUACUGUUUGCAUUGUGUCUGAACUGCCGGCGAGCUUUAAAAAUAUUAUACCCACCGCGGCAAUGUCGGGCAGGUCGGUCCGAGCUGAGACCCGGAGCAGGGCGAAAGAUGACAUCAAGAGGGUUAUGGCCGCUAUUGAGAAAGUACGAAAAUGGGAGAAGAAAUGGGUGACUGUUGGAGACACGUCCCUCCGCAUCUACAAGUGGGUGCCGGUGACGGAGCCCAAAUCAGAUGACAAGAACAAGAACAAGAAGAAGGGCAAAGAUGAGAAGUACGGCUCAGAGCUGACGACUCCAGAGAACAGCUCCUCUCCGGGGAUGAUGGACAUGCAUGAUGACAACAGCAACCAGAGCUCCAUCGCCGACUCGUCUCCGGUGAAACAGGAAAACAGUUGUAGCACCAGCCCCACCCCAGAGCCCGCCUCCGCAUCCCACCGCGAGAACAGCGAGGCCAAGACUGACCAGAGCCCGGACAGCAAGAGGGGUAAGACCACCCCGUCAUCAGAGACCUCAGAGAGAGCACAAAGUGCCAAGAGAGACAGUCUGUCCUCAGGGGAGAAGGACUCUUCAGACAGUAAAGCCACUCAGGACCUAGAGGAGGAGGCCCCGGCCAGCAAGAAAAGCAAACUGGAGUCCUCGUCUCAGGACUUUGAGGAGAGCUAAAUGUUUGGGGGCUGAUUGGUUUCUCUCCCUCACCCUCCUCCUCUCCCUCCCUCUGCACCUCCCUCCAUUAACUCUAGAUGAUUUAGGGCUAAUGGACACACCAGCUCUCCUCCCGCUCCUCUUCUUACCUCCACCUUCCCUUCUCUACCCAAACUAUACCAAACGGGAGAAUGGACAUCACUCUUCCUCCCUCCUUCCCUCCCUCCCUUCCUCCUCCACCUCCUCCUCCUCCUCCUCCUCUUCCUGACAGCUGUCUCCCCUCCACUUUGCCUCCUUCGCCCUAACACUCCUCUGCCACAGAGGGAGAAUGGAUAUUACCUCUAUUCACUGGUCCCCCUCCGUGCUUCCUUCCAGUUCUCCACACUUUUCACUAAUGCCAAGAGAAGCUCUGAACCCGGGCUGCAAUCCCCUCCGUGACCAGGGGCGACGCCGUCAGCCGAGCCCGGGCCACCCGCCAGGCCAGACCACAAACCCUGACCUGCAUCUGUGACUAAAAGAGUUAACACUGGGGAUCUGAGAUUAGGACGAGGUUGAUCCUGGUCGCUGCUCUGAGACCGAUUUUUAGAACUGCUAACGGUUUAGCUCAGGAUACUCAAGAGGCUAACCUGGUCUCAGAUCAGCGGCCGCGGUGGGGGAACCUCCACCCUAAGACCACGACACUUCAAUCCUCCCUCCUGUUAGACUAAUGUUCUAUAUUUGUUUAGGAAAUGUUUAGGGUUUUUUUCUCAGGAGGGUCAAUGCACUGUUAUGGUAUGUCACAAUCGAUCACAGAUAGAUUUGCUGCUGUAGUGGAAGUCUUUUUUCUCUAUCCAUGAAAAGUUCUCCAUUCACAUGUUUAUCACAGUGAGUUAGUUUGUGGUUCGUAGAAGAAGAAGAAGACGGUACAGGUCAAGAUGAACUCUUGGAUGAGUAGUGAAGACAGGCGUAGGUAGCGUAGGGCCUGAAGGUGUGCCUUGAGUUGCUACGAUUUAAAUACACGUUUUUAGGUCAAGCAGGUUUUGAAUUACAAUUUUGGUGCCAUGUUUUGUUUUGUUUCUUUGCCUUAUAAUCAUCAUUUAUUAUUAUUACCCAAUAUUUAUACUCAACUACAACUGUGUUGUUGUUUUUUUUUAUUUCAAGGAAUAGUUCAGCGUUUUGGGGGAAUAUUUGUCGUUUCUUGUCGAGAGUCAGAUCAGAGAUGAUUCCACUCUUGUGUCUGUACGCUAGACUAGAGCCAGGAGAUGUUAGCUUAGCUUAGCUUAGCUUAACUUCAAGACUGGAAACAACUGGAAAACAGUCAGCUUGGUUCUGUCCAAAGGAGAAAAUACUGCUUUUACUCACUGGACAAAGAGCCGCUAACAUCUGGCUUUUGUUUUGAGUAAGAAAGAGAAUCAGGAUGCGUUCGACAGUGAUGGAGACGUGACAGCCGGGUGUACACGCUAAGCUAAGCUAAGCUAAGCUAAGCUAAGCUAAGCUAAGCUAACCGCUCCCAGACUGUUGCUUCAUGACUCCUGUACAGACAUGACAGUGGAACACGUCCUCUUGUUUGACUCUCAGCAACAAGAAUGUGACGAAAAUGUGGAACUAUUCCUUUAAAACAGUUGGAAACAGGAAUUUGAACACUACUCAGAAGUCUUUUUUUUUUUUUUCUUUUGGUUUUUGUCUUCUGGAAACGUAAAAAUCUGCAAACCUGAUGCGUCAGAGUUCCUGCUCGCCGGUCUGAGUCUACUUCAGUCUGAACCCAGUAGAACCAGACCAGGUGCUGGAGCUGGUUUUCAGUCUGGUCCACCGUCUCUUCUCAUCUGUGGUCUGUGUAUCACUGCUUAUCUCUGACCCACAUGUUCCUGUAGCUCCACACAGAAGGGUCCAGUCUCUGAGCUCAGACGUCGGUUCUAAUCCUCCUUCAAGGUGCUGUCUAUCGGCUGAAUCCAUACACGCGUGGCAUCGACAUCCUGGUUUUGUGCAGACUUGUGCAAUUUACUUGAACUUUCUCGUACGGAUUCAGACCUUUUGACCUCUAAAUGUUCAACCUCACACGUGUAAGAUUUAGUUUCAUUAAUCGAUUAUUUGCUUGUGACUUUGGAUUGGAAUCAGUUGAAUCACAAACCAAUGACUUCAUGACGUAACGGAGGCUGUAGAGACAGAACGACUUCAGCAAAUCAGCGUUCAACAUGGAUGGAGAGAAAAGAAUUAAAAAACGACAGUUGUCUCAGUUUAGAGGAUGGAUUAGCAUAUACCUCAUUCCCAGUCCAGCAGCGCUGGAACUUAAAAUGCUAUUGUAUUGACAUUAACAGUUAUAAACAGCAUUAUGUACACUCAGUUUAAAAAACAAAUCUCACUUCUGUUGUAGCUUUCACCUGAUUGAGCCGAUUGCUUAUAGUUUGCUCAUAACUGUGUGUUUAAGAAAAAAAAAAAAAAAAAAAAGAGCUGUGAGAUAUAAAAUCUUGUAUGUUUUUUUUUUUUUUUUUUUUUUUUUUUUUUUCUUGGGACCAUUUUGUUUCACUUUAGAUCUUGUACAGAUUUAUGGUUUGGUUUGACUUAUUUAUUCCAUCAGUAGUGCUUGGUUUUUAUCAUGUCCAAUGGUUUGUUUUCUUAAUAAAAUUCACAAAAAACGUU